CACAGACAGCAUCCAGUCAAAGGUUUGGAAUCGCUAGUGAUUCUACGAUCCUUCCACAGUCUAUUUCGCUCCUUGGCAAGUCCCAACAGACUCCACAAUGAAAGUAUUCAUCUGCUUAGCCGCUCUGCUGGUGGCCUCGGCCUGUGCCAGCAAAACCGAGGGUGAGAAGGUGCCGCUGGAGAAGAAGCUGGACAAGCGCGGCCUGCUCGACCUGGGCUACGGCUACGGCCACGCUGGUCUGGACACCGGCUACCUGGGCCACGGCUCGAUCUCCGGACACGGCAGCUACGGACACGGUGGCUAUGGCCUGACCGGACACUCGGCCCCCGCCGCCAUCGCUGUGGGUCACAGUGCUCCGGCGAUCGCUGUCGGACAUGCCGAUGUCCACCACGUGCCAGCCCCCUAUGUGAUCAGCAAGCAGGCCGAUGUGCACAAGACCAUCACCAUCACCAAGGGAAUCCCGGUGCCCGUGCAUGUUGACCGCCCCUAUCCCGUGGUCCAUGAGAAGCGUGUGCCCGUGGAGGUCAAGGUGCCCGUGCCACAGCCCUACGAGGUCAUCCGCAAGGUGCCCGUGACGGUCAAGGAGUACGUGAAGGUGCCCGUGCCAGUGCCCCAGCCCUACGAGGUGAUCCGCCAUGAGAAGGUGCCCGUCCAUGUGCCCGUCGACCGCCCAGUGCCCGUUGAGGUGCCCAGGCCCUACCCCGUGCCGGUGGCCAAGCCCUACCCCGUCUACGUGGAGAAGGCCGUCAAUGUCCAGGUGCCCGUGCACGUGGACCGUCCCUAUCCCGUCUACGUGAAGGUUCCCGUCGUCUCGCACUCCGUGGUGAAACACGCCCCCACCGUGGCCGUCAGCAGCUACCCGGUGAUUGGACACAGCGGCUAUGGACACAGUGCCAUCGGACACAGCGCCAUCGGACACGAUGCCUCCGUGUACGCCGACCAUCAUGGCUACCACAAGUAAGAAGGACGGACGGACCGGAAGCGGAAGCGGGCGAUUCCAUUGGAGCGAGCGGACUACCUGGAAAUGAGCCGAAGGAUGUCUCUAGCAACAUUUUCAAUUCUCUACCAACUCCAUCACCUCCUGCACCCAUCCGAAACAAAAACCCUAAGCCCCGGGAAGUCGAACUUCCGCCCUGCCACUCUCCCCUGUAGCUGUUAAGAACCCAAGAUGAACAACAAGCAAUGCCUUUUGUAAAUUAUUUCCAAUUCAGCCAUCCAAUGGAAGCCAUUGUGCUGGGCUGAAAUCGACAGGUUUAGGAUAAAUACCAGCUAACUGUUUGUAAAUUUCACCACUUAUGGACAGCUUAGCCGGCCAUGUUUAUCAGUGAAAGGUUUCGGCGCACAAUGAAUCGAAUGGAUAGCAACAGAAAUAUCUAUGUGAAAAUCUAUUAAGGACAAAUAAAAAAUAAAAUGUAUAAAAUAA